ACUGCCAUCAUGUUCUGCUUCUACUUACUGCUGCUUCUUUCACUUACCCGCGUGCAGUCUAAAAGUUGCCCAACAGCUUACUAUCAUUUGAAAUCCGAUGACAUGUGUGUCACCCAUUCAAGUCAAUCCAUUUUUUUGGGUAGUUAUGAAAAUUUUUGUCAAGGAAAAAAUAAUGGAGUUCCUAUCUCGAAACGCAUAAGUGACGAAGGACUGAAAGAAUUGGCUUCAGAACUGAAAAUAUAUGCUGAAGCAACAAUGCCUCCGAAGGCAUACAUAGGAUUGAAAAAAGAUGAUCAGAUGGGAUCAAAAAAAUGGAUUUUUUCCAACGAUCAAGGAUCCGUCGAGGAAGAUGAUUACUCUCUUUGGACUCGCAAGCCAUAUAUGAAUGAGCAAUGUGCAACCGUCAUGCCCUCAGAAGAUUACAAAGUUCAACCUGUCGCCUGUAAUGAAAACGCAAGACCACUCUGUGAAAAGUCUGGACCUCCUUGUUAUCACGGAAACGUCCAUUACGUAUUCUACCAUUCAAAAUGUCUGAGUCCUGUUGAAGCCAACGAACAGUACGAGUCGGCCAAAAUUCGUUGUUUUGAAGGUUUCUUAUUUCCCUACAAAGAUUCUAACGAUAAAGACAGCGUAGCCGCAGCUCUUCUUAAUUUUGGCUUUGAGGGAGGAAUAUUCGCUAAUGUCAAGAAAACAAAUGGAAAAUGGAUGUAUGCUAACGGCGAAGAAGAAACAGAACGAUGGGAUAAAGACGAUCUGAAAGAACAGGAAUGUGGUGUACUUGGAUUUAAAAAAGACUUCUCUCUUGGCAUGUAUACGAUGAACUGCAAUUCGCAGCUGCAUGUCCUCUGUGAAUACAUAGGUAAGAAAGAAAGGAUUGAAUGGAGAUUGCGAGUGAAUGAAGUUUACAACUGAAUAUUGAAUGAUUAUUGAAGGAAUUUUAUGAAAGAUUAAAGAAUAUGGCUGAAUAAAAGUAUGCUAUCUAUAAGUACACACAAUUUAAUCCGCAUAAUCAUAGAUUAUUUAUACAAAACAAAUUACAGCAUAUCAAGACACUGAAUAACUUUUAGUUCUUAUAUAAAUUAAUAUUACAAAUAUGCAUAUUCUUUGUUGUAAUAAAUAAUACUACAGUUUUUUAGUUUUACAUACAACAGAAAUCUGCUCUGAAUUACUUGGAAAGGUAGCAGAACAGAAUUUCCAUCAUAAAAGGUAAGGUAAAAAUUCAGUUUUUUUCUCAACUGCUUGAAUAUGGUUACAGUAAGUGAAUUAAUUUAAUCUUUGUUUUUAUACCUUUGAAUAUUUAUCUAAAGCAACAUGGAUUACAUUUCUUUUAAGGUUGUAUGUUUACAGAUAUGGAAUUAUGGAAGCUUAUGUGAAAAUAUUUGUGCGAUGUAUUGAAAAAGCUGAGAAUCAGAUUUCAGAAUCAUUAAUUAGUAUUAUCAAUAUUUCCAAUAAAUAAGGGAUAUUCAAGACAAAAUGAUUAAAAGAUUACAGAAGCUUACUGUUCUAUAUAAGAAACCUAUAAUUUUUUUGUAUGAAAAUAUUUAUUAAAUGAAAUAAUAAAUGUAUUUAUUUACUAAAUCAAUUUUCAUCAAUACUUUAUAAGAAACACUCAACUAAAGAUUAAUCUUUUACUUCGUACAGAAAAGAGCAUCUGUAAAAUAUAAAUUACACAAUGCUUGCACAAAGAUUCAUUUUAAUAUGAAAACAACAAAAUUAAAUCCACUACUGUGAUCGAAAAGUAUCGGAAAUAUUUCCAUAAAACAUAAAACUUUAUUUAUUGAUUAAUAUUUAACAUAUUCCUUUCAAAGUAUUGCCUAUGACUGCCAUGCUCCUAUACCAAUAUUUUCUAGAAUUUUCAAAACAUCUUUCAAAGUCAUUUUUCAUGAAACUCCUUCAGGACUCGCAAAGAAUUUUUUUAUUGAAUCAAUUGACUCAAACUGAUGUCCAUUAAGAGGCAAUUUUAACUGCAGAAAUAUGAAAAAGAAAUAAGUCGAUGACAUAUUAGAUAUUUACGAUAAGGAACACCGUGACAAGCAAAGAAAACAGUGAACAUUACCUUCUUUUCUGUGUGAUCUUUUUGGUCUUUCUUCAUCUUUAGAAAACAAUUCUUUUUCCUGUUAUUUCUGUAUCAAAAAUAUCUUAUGAUCUCACCAAAUCUAAUCCAUGGUUCAUCACCAUUUAAUAAUAGUAAUUAUGCAUUUUAAGGACUCGCUUGGAAAAAGCAUUUCUUGGACCACUUAAAUAUGUUGCUUUUGGAAUAAUUUGAGAAAUGACACAAAGCAGAGCCAAAUGAUAAAGCGUAACUGCUUGAUAAGAUCCAAAUAAUGUAACUCAUUCAAUCAUAUCUCUAACUGAUAAGUAAUGAUUGCUAAGCACCAAAUUUUUGACUUGAUAGAUGUGCUAUUUAUUAAUAAUUGAAGUGAUGGAACACCAGAACAUGGUUCUUCUUCGAUGCACUUUUUCUGCCUUCUUUUAACUCUUUCGCAUUGAGAGAGGGCAAAAUCUCAAUUCCCCAAACAUCGAAAACGCCCGUAUCUAAGAAUUUCUCCUGGAAUGCUUUUCCUUCCCCCAUGACAGUGAAUACUACA